CGAACGGCAGCGAAAAUGCGUGAGAUAGCGCAUCUACAAGCUGGCCAGUGCGGCAAUCAAAUAGGGGCGAAGUUUUGGGAGGUGAUCUCCGACGAGCAUGGAAUCGAUCCGACCGGGACUUAUCACGGUGACUCCGAUCUCCAACUGGAGCGUAUAAACGUUUACUACAACGAGGCGUCCGGGGGAAAGUACGUGCCGCGAGCGAUUCUGGUCGACCUAGAACCUGGCACCAUGGACGCGGUCCGGUCCGGGCCGUUCGGCCAGAUAUUUCGGCCGGACAAUUUCGUGUUCGGUCAGAGCGGCGCCGGGAAUAAUUGGGCCAAAGGACAUUACACAGAAGGCGCGGAGCUGGUCGACUCUGUCCUGGACGUUGUACGCAAGGAAGCGGAAAGCUGCGACUGUUUGCAGGGAUUCCAGCUGACCCAUUCCCUUGGCGGCGGAACGGGGGCCGGUAUGGGGACGUUGUUGAUCUCGAAGAUACGCGAAGAGUACCCGGAUAGGAUCAUGAUGACGUUCAGCGUAGUCCCCUCUCCCAAGGUGUCGGACACGGUCGUCGAGCCGUACAACUGCACCCUGUCGGUGCAUCAGUUGGUCGAGAACACCGAUGAAUCCUACUGCAUCGACAACGAAGCUCUCUACGACAUAUGCUUCCGCACGCUGAAGCUGACCACGCCGACCUACGGCGACCUGAAUCAUUUGGUGAGCGCUACGCUGAGCGGCGUGACCACGUGCCUCAGGUUCCCUGGACAAUUGAACGCCGAUCUGCGUAAGCUCGCCGUCAACAUGGUACCGUUCCCUCGGCUCCACUUCUUCAUCCCUGGUUUCGCGCCUCUGUCGUCCAGGGGUUCGCAGCAGUACAGGGCUCUGACGGUGCCAGAGCUGACGCAGCAAAUGUUCGACGCGAAGAACAUGAUGGCAGCCUGCGACCCCCGUCACGGACGUUACCUGACCGUCGCCGCGGUUUUCCGCGGUAGGAUGUCCAUGAAGGAGGUGGACGAGCAGAUGCUCAACAUACAGAACAAGAACAGCAGCUACUUCGUCGAGUGGAUACCCAGCAACGUGAAGACGGCGGUGUGCGACAUCCCGCCACGGGGAUUGAAGAUGUCGGCGACGUUCAUCGGGAACUCGACGGCUAUCCAGGAGCUGUUCAAGAGAGUAUCGGAGCAGUUCACGGCGAUGUUCAGGCGGAAAGCGUUCCUCCACUGGUACACGGGUGAGGGUAUGGACGAAAUGGAGUUCACCGAGGCCGAGAGCAACAUGAACGACCUGGUGUCGGAGUACCAGCAGUAUCAGGAUGCCACCGCCGAGGAGGAGGGAGAAUUCGACGAGGAAGAGGAAGGCGAGGGUGAAAACUAG